CUUUCAAUAUGCAUCUUUAUUAGCCAGUAAAAAGAUACUUGACGAGUUUAAUCGCUCUUUAGAAUUCUUUGGAAUAACAAAUAUGCGGAGCACGUUUCAUGAUAACGACAAUUAUAUAAUUCAAUUAAAUAUAUUCGCCGUUGGCUAUGUUCUUGUUUAAUAUAUGUUGAUGAACAUCAACGACACAACAGUAAAAUCUGUAACUUUUAAUUCAUAAAUGAAAACACAGUAAUUGUGCGUUUUUUACAACCAUUUGCAUUUGUAUUUAUAAAUUACCAAUGAGGCGUUACAUUUUGUUAAAGUUAUUCUAUACUCCCCCGUCCCAAGCUGUAAGAGUAAUAAAAUAAAAAUUGCUGCGGCAGUGACGACGGUGGGUGCCGCAAGAAAAUCCAUAAUUUAACAAAAUGGCUGGAGCAUUACAGAUCCAGGAGUGCGAACUAAAGUGGAGCUUUCGACUGACGUUAGUUAGACAUGGAGAAACAGAUGAAAAUCGUAACAAAAUUAUUCAAGGUCAUAAAGACACUGUGAUGAAUAAGCAUGGCAUAGAGCAAGUGGAGCGUGUUUCUGAUAGAUUGAAAGAUGAAAAUUUCAUUAAGAUAUACAGCAGUGAUUUAACAAGAGCUUACAAGACUGCAGAAAAAAUAUGCCUGAAGAAUUUGCAUAUGAAAGAAUUGAAAAUCAGUAAUGAAAUUUUGUUACGGGAAAGGAGUUAUGGGAAUGCAGAAGGGGGUUCAAGGAAAGAACUCAAGAGAGUUUUGAUGUCAGGAAAAUUACCUUGUGGUGCAGAGACUGAAGAGCAAGUACAGAAAAGAGUUGUGAAGUUUUUUACAACUUUAGUCGAAGAUCUUUUUAGGCAUGAGAAGGUGUCAAGAAGGAGUGGAAAUCAAACUAUUUUGAAUCACGAGCUCAAUAACCAUGAAGAAAAUUUUAGUCACAAUGAAGAUCCUUUAUUAUGGCAGAAGGUAGAAUAUUCAUCUGACAUCAAUAAUAAAUGUGAAAUGCCACAUAAGUCACGUGAAGAUCGUGCAGAUCAAUCAAAAAGGAUACAAAAUGUUUUAGUUGUAUCACAUGGUGGAAUAUUACAUUAUUUUAUGGAGUAUUUUUUUAAUCAUUUCAACUGCCUGUUUUCAAUGGAAAAAGGAAAAGUUUCUAAACAAAUUUGCCCCAAUACUGGGGUGUCAGUGUUUUUGAUUUCAUUAAAUGCAAACAAAAUAUGCAAAAUAGAUUGUGAGAUAUUAUAUGAUUCAUCACAUCUUGAACAGUAAAGUACGUAAAAGUUGAUUGUUUAAUGAAUAGUUUUCAUUAUUUUUGUAAAUUUAUAAAUGUGAAUAAUGUAAUAUGUAUAAGGGGGUGGUAGUAGGGGGUUAACAAUGGCUAACUAGGAGUAGAUAGGAACUUGAAAUGCAGUUGGAACAUGAAAUAAGCUAAAAACUUUACUAUAUUGGUUAUUCAAGAACAUUUAAGAAGUCAUACUAAAGAAUGUCCAAAGAGAUGUAAAAACUGGAUUAUUAUUAUUUAUAUUUUUUAUUAUUUA